AUGGCAAAACUCAACGGCAAUCAGGGGUACCGACACCGCCUUUUCGAAAAGUGCGGGAUGGCGAUGACCGUGGACGGCUCAGGCGAUGAUCGAAUCACCUUGGAGGGUUUGGACCAGCCGAACACCUUCCCAAACGAUGACGACUCCAGCGAGAACGAAGGAGGUUCGGAGGACGGCAGCGAUGGGCCCGAGGGGCGGGAGGAGGAGGGCGCCGGAAGGCGCGAGCCGGUCGUCGGGGAUGAGCGCAACGGUGCCAACAGCGGGGAGGCCAUGGAGGGCGCUGGAUACAGCGAUGAAGACGACGACAGUAAGUUUGAUUGGCACUACAUAGACUACAACAUGUCUCAAUCCCAGACCGACGAGCUAGCUCUUUUGGACGAGGACGACAGCAUGGACCCAGACGACCCGGAGGACGAGACGCAGGGAAUGGAGAUCCCGGCGGGCUUUCGCCUUCAAGAAUCUACCCCCGCUGCUCUUGACAGAUUGCUUUUGCAACGUGGAGUGUUUGUUCGGCUGGGCAUGGGGUGGUUCGGUGGGUUGAUCAUUCAGCAAUCUCC